AUGGAUCCUUACAAGUAUCGUCCUUCGAGUGCGUACAACGCUCCAUUCUACACCACAAACGGUGGUGCUCCAGUCUCCAACAACAUCUCUUCCCUCACCAUCGGAGAAAGAGGUCCUGUUCUUCUUGAGGACUACCAUCUGAUCGAGAAGGUUGCCAACUUCACCAGAGAGAGAAUCCCUGAGAGAGUGGUUCACGCCAGAGGAAUCAGUGCUAAGGGUUUCUUUGAGGUCACUCAUGACAUUUCAGACCUCACUUGUGCUGAUUUCCUCAGAGCCCCCGGUGUUCAAACUCCGGUCAUCGUCCGUUUCUCCACCGUCGUUCACGAGCGUGCCAGUCCUGAAACCAUGAGGGACAUCCGAGGUUUCGCCGUUAAGUUUUACACCAGAGAGGGUAACUUUGAUCUUGUUGGGAACAACACUCCGGUGUUCUUCAUCCGUGACGGGAUUCAGUUCCCGGACGUUGUCCACGCCCUGAAACCGAACCCAAAGACAAACAUCCAAGAGUACUGGAGGAUCCUUGACUACAUGUCUCACUUGCCGGAGAGCUUGCUCACAUGGUGCUGGAUGUUUGAUGAUGUUGGUAUCCCACAAGACUACAGGCACAUGGAAGGUUUCGGUGUCCACACCUACACUCUAGUCUCCAAAUCCGGAAAAGUUCUCUUCGUCAAGUUCCACUGGAAACCAACUUGUGGUAUCAAGAAUCUGACCGAUGAAGAGGCCAAGGUGGUUGGAGGAGCCAACCACAGCCACGCAACUAAGGAUCUCCAUGAGGCUAUUUCAUCUGGUAACUACCCUGAGUGGAAGCUUUUCAUCCAGACGAUGGAUCCUGCUGAUGAGGACAAGUUUGAUUUUGACCCUCUUGAUGUGACAAAGAUCUGGCCUGAGGAUAUCUUGCCGUUGCAGCCAGUUGGUCGCUUGGUUCUGAACAGGACCAUUGACAACUUCUUCAAUGAAACUGAGCAGCUCGCUUUCAACCCUGGUCUUGUGGUUCCUGGGAUCUACUACUCGGACGACAAGCUUCUCCAGUGUAGGAUCUUUGCCUAUGGUGACACUCAGAGACAUCGUCUUGGACCUAACUAUCUGCAGCUUCCGGUCAAUGCUCCCAAAUGUGCUCACCACAACAAUCACCAUGAAGGUUUCAUGAACUUCAUGCACAGAGAUGAGGAGAUCAAUUACUAUCCCUCAAAGUUUGAUCCCGUCCGUUGCGCUGAGAAAGUGCCUAUCCCUAACAAGUCCUACACUGGAAUCCGAACUAAGUGCAUCAUCAAAAAGGAGAACAACUUCAAGCAGCCUGGAGAUAGAUACAGAUCCUGGGCACCAGACAGGCAAGACCGUUUCAUUAAGAGAUGGGUUGAGAUUCUGUCGGAGCCACGUCUCACUCACGAAAUCCGCAGCAUCUGGAUCUCUUACUGGUCUCAGGCUGAUCGAUCGCUGGGACAGAAACUUGCAAGCCGUCUCAACGUGAGGCCAAGCAUCUAG